AUAGCACCUCCCGUUGUAUUGUGGGUAAAAUCACUUGCGCACUGAGGUUGUUUGCCGUAGACGAAAAUUUUCAUGAUUUCGUUUUCUCGGAGUCGUCCCUCCUUCUGUUUCAGCCUGAAUUUGAAGUCAUCGAUGCCGUACCAACGCUAAGAUCCUGCAGCAAAUAUCUGUGUCUCUUCCUCGGUGGUGUCGACAAGACUGACAGGAAGAAGGUGCAUCUAUCUGGGAAUCCCGCGGUGCAAUGGCUCCUGCUGACUGGGGGGCCUGACACCCCGAUCGAGCAGGUUUUCCAGCUCGGGUUUUCUUCCGUACAACGGCACGACAUGAAAGAUUAGCGGAUCGGGCUGCAACGAUCGGACGGUACGAUGUAUUCCGCGGCCGGAGCAAUCACCGACGCUCUGACGUAUGACUUUGACAGCGAGGAGAACGCGCCCAAAUGGCACGGGCUGAUCGUGCCUGCCCUUCGCAAGGUGCAGCAGCAGGUGCACCCCCACCUGACGGCGCGUGACGAUGCUCUGGAGUACAUCGAGGGUUUGAUCCUGCAGCUGCUGGGGAUGCUGUGCUCCUGUCAUCCUCACACGGUCCAGGAUGUGGAGGAGAGGGUCCAGCGCACCUUUCCUCAUCCUAUCGACAAGUGGGCCAUCGGUGAUGCACAGUCAGCACUGGACAGGUACAAGAAGAAGUCACCACUCGUAUUGCCUCAUGACAAAAUCCACCCACUGCUCAAGGAGGUGCUGGGGUACACGGUUGACAAGCAGGUGUCCCUGUACGUCGUGGCUGUGCUGGAGUACAUCUCUGCUGAUAUUCUAAAGUUGGCAGGUAACUAUGUGAAGAACAUCCGGCACAGGGAAAUGUCAUGUCAGGACAUCAAGGUGGCCAUGUGUGCUGACAAGGUUCUGAUGGACAUGUUCCACCAAGAUGAGGACAUGAGCCUGUCCAACGUGGAGGAGGAACCACCGCCCAUCCGCAGGGGGUCCCUGUCGUUUGAGGAGCAGGUGAAGGAACUGAUCAUGGAGGAGACUCAGUACAUCAGGGACCUCAACAUGAUCAUCAAGGUCUUCAGGGAUCCCAUGGCUGUCAACUCCAAACUCUUCUCAGAGCAGGAUCUGGAUCAGAUCUUCAGUAACAUCCUGGAUGUCCAUGAGCUGUCCAUCACCUUCCUGGGGCUGCUGGAGGACACCAUGGAGAUGACAGAUGAGAACAACCCUGCUGCUGCGGCCGGGGGCUGCUUCGAGGAGAUGGCAGAGUCUGCAGAGUUCGAUGUGUACCUGACCUAUGCCCAGGACAUGAUGAGUCCGGCCAGCAGACAGAGGCACAGUCAAGUCCUGAUCAAACCUAAAGUUGCCCUGUUUUUUCAGUCUGUAAGUCAAGGCUUUAAGGAGGCUGUUCAGUAUGUCCUGCCCAAGCUGCUGCUAGAACCCAUCUACCAUUGUCUGCACUACUUUGAGGUUAUAAAGCUACUAUUGAAGACCUGUCCAGACGAGGAGGAUAAAGAAAGCCUGGAACAGGCACACGGUACACUCAGACCACUUCAGCUGCAACUAGAAAGAAUAUGUGAAGGGAAGUUGCCAAAAAGAAAACCAGGGGACUACUCCAUCAGAUUCCAGAGAAGGCCGGGGAAUAGAUCGUCACUAGCCAAACUGAAUGAGAUUCAGAAGAGCAUUGAUGGGUGGGAGGGCAAAGACAUAGGGCAAAGCUGCAAUGAGUUCAUCAUGGAUGGACAACUAGGAAUGUUUAGCAAGAACAGGACGACAGACAGACAUGUGUUCCUGUUCGACGGCCUGAUUCUGGCGUGCAAGCCGAACCAGCGCCGUUCUGUCACGGGCAACGCCACGGAGUACCGGUUAAAGGAGACCUUCUUCAUGAGGAAAAUAGUCAUCAAUGACAAGGAGGACAGCGAUGAACUAAAACAUGCCUUUGAGAUUGUGGCCAGAGACCAGCCAAACACAAUCUUCUUUGCCAAAAAUGAGGAUGAGAAGAACAACUGGAUGGCUGCACUCAUCACUCUGCACUGUAGAAGUGCACCAUACAGUACGCUGGAGAGAAUGUUGGACAGCAUACUCCUGGAGGAAGAAAAGAAACAACCCUUAAGAUUACCAGACGAGUCUCAGUACAGGUUUGCCAUGGAAGACCGGCCAGACAACAUUGUGUUUGAGGACAAUCAGCAGUCCCUGGUGGGGGUCCCUGUCAUCAAGGGCGGCUCACUCAUCAAGCUCAUAGAAAGACUCACAUAUCACAUGUAUGCAGAUCCUACCUUUGUCAGAACGUUCCUGACGACAUACCGGUCCAUAAGCAAGCCAUGUGAGCUGCUAGACCUCCUUAUAGAAAGAUUUGAGAUCCCCGACCCCCCUCCCACCCCAGAAGACCAGGCUGCUAUCGACAGAGGAGAAGUGGUUGUCCGAGAGGACCUGAAGAGGUUUCGGAAAGAGUAUGCUCAACCUGUGCAACUCAGGGUUCUGAACGUGUUCCGCCACUGGGUAGACCACCACUUCUACGACUUUGAGCGGGACAAAGAGCUGUUGGACAAACUGAUGGAGUUCAUCGAGGGAGUCAAGGGCAAGACCAUGAGGAAAUGGGUGGACUCCAUCACUAAGAUAGUUCUGCGACAGACAUCAUGUGAAAAUGUACCCAGGGAAAUUACUUUUGAAAGAACCCCGCCCUCCAUAGAAUGGUAUAUAGCAAGGACACCCGACCAGUUUGAGCUACUCACUCUCCAUCCAAUAGAAAUUGCCAGACAGUUGACGUUACUUGAGUUUGAUUUGUACAGAGCUGUGAAGCCGUCCGAGUUGGUAGGAAGUGUCUGGACCAAGAAAGACAAGCACAAGACGUCACCCAACUUACUCAAGAUGAUCCAUCACUCCACCUGUUUAACUAGAUGGAUGGAGAGGUGCAUCGUGGAAGCUCGCAACAUUGAUGAAAGGGUGGCCAUGCUGUCCAGAGUUAUAGAAAUCCUUAUGGUGUUCCAGGAGCUGAACAAUUUUAACGGAGUCCUGGAGAUUGUGAGCGCCCUUGAAUCAGCUGCUGUACACAGGCUGGAACACACCUUUAAGCAAGUGUCUGAGAGGAAGCUGGCUGCCUUGGAUGCUGCCAAGGAGUUAAAUGCUGAUCACUACAAGAAGUACACGGAGAAGCUUCGCUCCAUCAACCCACCAUGUGUGCCUUUUUUUGGCAUGUACUUGACUAACAUACUUAAGACGGAAGAAGGCAACCCAGACUUCCUCCCAAACUACCCUGAGGGGAUCAUCAACUUCAGCAAGAGAAGAAAAGUGGCUGAGAUCACAGGGGAGAUCCAGCAAUACCAGAACCAACCCUACUGUCUAACUGUGGAGCAGGACAUCAGGAGAUUCUUUGAGAAUCUGGAUCCCCUUGAAGGAAGGACGGAGCAUGAGUUUGAAGAUUACCUGUACAAGCAGUCCCUUGAGAUUGAGCCCAGAAACGCUAAGCAGCCCCCGAAAUAUCAAAGGAAAACAGACUACCCUCUAAAAACCCCGGGAAUCAAGCCCAGCUCCUCCCGGCACAUGUCCGUGUCCGGUACCCUGCGCGGCGGAAACCUGGUCCCUCUGGACAAGGAGCCCAGAUCCUUCCGCUACCACGAGGUCCACGACGAUGACGCGGGAGGGUCCACCACGCCGCACGUCAACACCCCCCCGUCCCCACGCACGCCCCUGACUCCGCCCUCCAACACUGGCUUUGACCACAGCGUGUUCGCCUCGGUACAGAUCCCGCCAACAGGACCAGCUCAAAAUCCCUCCUCCGCAACAAAACACCCCCGCCAAGCUGACUCUGACAAUGCCAGUCCUCCGCCACUGCCUCCCAGGACAAGAAAACGGGACUCGUCGCGCGAGGAACCGCCCAUGACUCCUCGCGGAAUUCCACAAUCCUCGGACGCCCCCGAGUUGCCCCCUAGGACUCCCUUACCAGUGCCUGACCUCCCACCCAGAACUCCUGUCGCUGUGCCUGAUCACAGGCCGCCUCUGCCCCCGCGGAGAACAUCGUCCACUUUCGGUAUCAAUGGCGGCACGCCGAUGUCGCCCGUGGGACACGUGCCCCAGCUGGCACCAGAGCUGCCCCCCAAGACCUACAAACAGGCGCAGGCACAUGCCCAGGCUCACGCGCAGUAAUGGCCGGUAGCCUCUUCUCAAAGUCUUGGGAAGAGCGGACUGGGACCUGUGCCAGAGUUGUGUGAGAUGCACUCCAUCCAUGCUGCAGUCGGGAAAACCUCACCUGCGGCCAGGAUACAACUUUGUGGAGUGUUUUCUCCCCCCAAGAAGUCCGGAGACCGAUGGACAUCAGCACUCUUUGCCAACAAGCCGGGAGGGUUUCCUUUGUCACUGGUGUUGCAUUGCAAAGAUCAAUGUAUGCUCUUACUCUUAGCACCCUAGAUGAAUGGUAGGGUGGCUACAACAAUGUGGUCAUCAACUCACUUACUUCAAAGUUGCAUCAACUAUCCAGAAUUUCACUUGAACUGAAUGUCAUGACUACUUCCAGUGACAAGAAAAUUACUGUACCCCCUCUUAGUCUCAAUCUGAUUUUGCAGACACUGCUAUUUUGCAAUGAAAAGAGUGUGAACCAGCACUGUAUCAUCCACAUCUUUCAAUAUUUUGGUUGUCCGUUUUAAAAAUGUCAGUCACACACUGCUGUUUUUUUACUUGCUUGCAUAUGGAGAACAUACUGGUAUGUUUUGAAUCCAACCUCCCUUCCAAGUCAAUGUACAGUGGGUCCUCAUAAGUAUGGGAACGAUCUUAGUUUCUCAGACCUGUGUUGGGAUAGAAGCCAUUCUCAGUUCUGUUGUAGUCAAAUGCAGCAAGCUUUGCCACAGAGGACCAGAGUGUACAGAGUUUGAAGUUGGGCAGUUGAGCCUCAGCUGAAAGGGAGAAGGUCACAGCAAACAGUAGAGGUGAUAAGAAGCAAUCGUCUGUAUUUCUGGCCAAAGGGCAUGUGCCACAAGUAGCUGUCAAUCCAGUUUGCCUAGCAGUUACGUCAGUUAAGUUAUGACUUGAUCUUUGUAUGAGUUACAACCCACAUAACUUUGAAGGAAGGAAGGCAUGGGGAAUCAGUCAGAACCAAACUGUCCAGUUCGUAGUUGUGCAAAUAUUAGGGCUAUACUGAACUAAGUCUAAGGCAGAUUAACGUUGGGGGUCAGGGACUUGACUUUUCAUCUGUCAUCCAAUAGAAGCUUCUAGUAUAGAUUGCAAAAUAUUUGUCACACACCACCCUAAUGGGUUUUUUUUUUUUUGAAAAACCGAUCAUAUUUUGAGUUAUACAUGAUAUAAUGUGUCAUCAUGAUUAAUUGCAAUAUGAGUGACUGGGACCUGCAACAACUAUGUCUGUGGUUGUAACAUAUAUGAACUGAAGUGUACUUAAAGAGCAAUUUGAAGGUGCAAGAUUUGAGAUUAUGUAUGCAUUUUAAUUGUAGAUUUUAUUUCAUGCAAGAAAAUUAUGUAAAUAGAAGACAUGACAUUAUGUACAAGUAGCAAUUUUACUGAUGUUAUUCAACAAGUACAAAAUCUGGAUGUGUAAGUUUUAUGGUGACCACAGUCAGCAUGGCUUCUAUGUUUUUAUACAGAGUAGACCCUCCAGUUUUUACCCCAGUGCCGUGCUGCCUGUGCAUUUGGAAUUUUAUAUUAAAAUAAGGUUCAGUAAAAUCUGCA